AUGGUCGAUGAUGGCCCCCUGUUCGUCCGGGACGGCAGCGCAGAUGACCACUCCCCGUAUAUCCGCGAUGCGCCCACCCAGACUCUUGACGAGGCGUCGGGGGAGCAGUCCAUCUUGGAGCCGACCGAUCAGCGCCCGAGAGGCGACGCGACACAGUGGCCCUUACAUCGGGUGUCCAACGUUAAGGGAUCUCUGGCGCAGAACCCCACGACCCCUCCGGCACUUCGUUUGGCAUCCCUGAUUUCCAUCGACGAGGACCAAGUCACAGCCGUUCCGGAGAUUGACUCAUUGUUGUCGCCUGCCCCUGUCCAGACCGAGCGACUUGGUGACCAAGUGGCUCCCCUCUCCAAGGAGGAAGAGGCAAACAUCAACCCCGCCGACCCGAACAACACCGGAGCGAUCGAGCGUCUCGACGUUGGAGGGUCGUCGUCCUUGCCCCAGGAGUCGGCUCCAAUGCAGUAUCUCCGUGCUCAAGAUGGUGUCGCUGUCACCGAGAUCCUCCCACCUGAGUACGACCCCCAGUGGAAGGGCCCACUGGCGUCGGGGACCGCUGGAGAGGGAGAUGGACGCCGUAGUUGA